AUGCCUCCUCGCGGUACCCGAAAGGCUGCCUCCACCGCUGUGGCGACCGAGCCACCACACUCCCCCGAAGCGGGAGCCAACAAGCGCAAGCCAGACGAAACUCAGGAACAGAGCUCCCCUCUGCGAAGGUCGAAGCGGGCCAAACCUGUCGCAACACAGUCGCCAUCCGACAAGUCCACCACGCGCACAGCUCCGACCCGAUCUGCUGCAGAGAGCCCGAAAGCCACCCCGAGAAAACCUCGUGAAGGCAAGGUCGUUUCCGUCAAGAAGGAGCUCGAGGAGGAAGAAGAGGUUUUCGUCGAGGCAGAGGUAGUCGACAAAGGUGUGGCCAAGGAGGAAGAAGUGGACGAGAAACCGAUGGUCAAGGCCAAAGCGACGCGGAAAAGGAAGAUCAAAGAGGAGGUCGAGAUGGUACCAUUGAGGGUGCGCACACAGGGUCUGCGCAUGUGCGUGGGAGCUCAUGUCAGCGCCGCCAAAGGCGUCUUCAAUGCCAUUCACAACAGCACGCACAUCGGCGGAAACGCCUUCGCCCUCUUCCUCAAGUCCCAACGCAAAUGGGACAACCCUCCUCUCCAAGACGACCACCGUGACCAAUUCCGCAGUCUCUGCACGGAGCACAAAUAUGACGCCGCACAACACAUUCUCCCCCACGGCUCCUACCUCGUGAACCUCGCCCAAGAAGACAAAGCCAAAGCCAAGCAAGCAUACGACGCCUUCCUCGAUGACCUCCGCCGCUGCGAAGCCCUCGGAAUCAACCUCUACAACUUCCACCCCGGCAGCGCCAACCAAAGCAGUCUCCCGGACGCCCUCACCCGCCUAGCCACAGCCCUAACCAACGCCCUCCGCGCCACCACGACCGUGAUCCCCGUCCUCGAAACCAUGUGCGGCCACGGCACCACCAUCGGCGGCUACCUGCACGAAUUCCGAGACAUCAUCGCCCAAAUCCCGAAAGAAUACCACCACCGAAUCGGCAUCUGCAUCGACACAUGCCACAGCUUCGCAGCAGGCUACGACCUCGUCAACCCCGCGGGAUUCAAAGCCUUCAUGCAAGAAUUCGACGACACCAUCGGUCUUCAACACCUGCGCGCCCUACACCUCAACGACUCCAAAGCGCCCCAGGGCAGUAAACGCGACCUCCACGCCAACAUCGGCACGGGCUUCCUCGGCCUCCGCGCCUUCCACAACGUCAUGAACGAACCCCGAUUCCAAAACCUCCCUAUGAUCCUCGAAACGCCCAUCGACCGUCCUGAAUCCUCCAUCUCCACCACUACAUCCUCGUCACCGAAAAAGAAACCCACCAAGAAACCAACAUCCACCCCCACUUCCGCCAAACUUAUCGCCGACCCCUCCGUCUGGGCCAAUGAAAUCGCCCUCCUCGAAUCCCUAAUCGGAAUGGAUCCAGAGGGCGAGGAAUUCCGUGCCCUGGAGGCCAAAUUAUCCGAAGAGGGAAGGGAAAUGAGGGAGAAGCAACAAGAACAAUACGAGCGGAAACUGGCCACCGAGGAGAAAAAGAAGACGAAGGCCCCGGUGAAGAAGAAGGGACAGAAGACGUUGAUGGAGAUGAUGAAUGGGGCUGGGAAGACCAAGAAGGGGAAGGCGGCAAAGGGGGAUGAGAGUGGUGGGGAGGGGAGUGAUGACGAGGGGUGUCAGAGCCAUGCGGAAGAUUAG